GUUAGUUUGUGUACACUUGUUAUUGUGUUUAUCGUAAUUCUGGUUAUAAUGCUUACCGUCCUAUUUAAGAUUAAAAUGGACUGCCUUUCUAUAAUCAGUUUUUCUGCGACGGCUCUUUUUGAGGGACAUGUUAUGUAUCAUUAAUUAGCAUUAUGUAGUGUGUUAUUCCAGAAAUUGGCCUAAUUAGGUUAUUAGACAAGGUUUUGAAACUUGUUUGUUACUUUACUUCGGCCUAUUUAAUGGAUAAUAUUUCUGUUCUAAUCUACAAGAGUAUUUCAUCUAGUAAACCAUGCCUUUCUGUUUGUCAGGAAAGUUAUAUUUUGGUAUUAAAAUUUCUUGACAAAUUGUUUUUAUUCUGUGAGAAGUAAUGAAAAUGAUGUCCGAUGUAGGUUUUGCAAGGUCUGGCCUAUUAGAAACCCAAGUAAGAGGCCAGUGGUACAGAGUAUUUGUUGUUUUGGAAGAGGAAUAUUUAAGCAUUAGCUUAGAUGAAAGUUAUGAAAACUCUACUGCUCUUAAUGGAACUUUAAAUAACAAUAAUAAUACACUUGACUCUACAACUGGAACUCUUGAAUCAGCUGAAGUUCCUGAUUCAGUUGCUAAUCAAAAAAGAGUUGUUCGUGUCAUUAAAUCCGAUAACAAUGGUCUUGGUAUAUCGAUUAAGGGUGGUAAAGAGAACAAAAUGCCAAUUCUUAUUUCCAAAAUAUUUAAAGGUAUGGCUGCUGACCAAACUGAGCAGCUUUAUGUAGGUGAUGCCAUACUAUCUGUGAAUGGUGAAGAUUUAAGAGAUGCCACGCAUGAUGAAGCUGUCAAGGCUCUGAAAAGAGCUGGAAAAAUUGUGCAGCUUGAAGUUAAGUAUUUAAGAGAAGUCACUCCAUACUUCCGAAAAGCCAGCCUAAUUUCUGAAGUUGGAUGGGAGUUGCAACGUGGAUUCCUGUCUUCUUCCCAGCCUGUGCCAAAGUCUCCACAUCGACCCCACACAAGGCACCUGCCCCUUCAGUUGUGCUUCCUUACUCGUAAUUACCUCUUCCAUGAUCCAGAAUCGAGGAGUUUUGAGCUGCACUCUCCUGACUGUGUACAUAGCUGCAUCCUACGUGCUGGAGAUGCUACAGAAUGUGCAGCUUGGUACAAUUCCCUUCACUCCACACUAGCACUUUUAACGCAAGCUGCACUUAGGCAGGCCAAUUCUCUUUUAAUAUCUCUUACUGGAGAAAUAAAUUAUAUUGGAUGGCUUUCUAGACUACCUCUUCUUCAAAAUGGGGAGUGCGAGAGGAGUGAUGAUGAAAGAAGUGAAAAAUGGAGUGCUGUUUUUGGAGCAGUGACACAACGUGAAUUAAGAAUAUACGAAGCGGCUCCAUGGUCUCCAGAAGCCUGGGCAUCCCCAUUUCUUGUCUGUCCUCUCUUAUCAACUAGGCUAGUAGGUUGCAGUAGGCAAGACAGCGGGGCAAUCACUCUUUCUGUGAGAUGUGGGACUCAUGAAGGGGUCACCACCCACACACUGAGAGCAGAGACCCAUAGGGAUCGUGCGGCUUGGGCUCAUGCCAUUGUACGAGGAUGCCAUAAUGCAGUUAUACACCAAGUUGAAAUAUCAUUCAGAUGCUUGUACAAAGGAGAGCCGUGUCAGUUGAUUCUACAUUAUGAGUCUGGAUUAAGAUUAGUGCAAAGUCAGGGCACAACAAUAUGGCAGUUUCCUUUCCACAGGCUUCGCUCUUCCGGAGAUGAUGGGCAUCAUCUUCUUUGGCUAGAUUUUGGGGCUGAACAACCAGAUAUUGAACUGGACUUGGAGUGCUGUCCAAAACCACUUGUUUUCAUUUUACACAACUUCUUAUCAGCUAAGGUUAACCGUCUAGGUCUCUUUGCUUGAUUCUCUUUACAUUCUAUUUUUAUAUUUUGUAUAUUAAAUUUUUUUUUUUUCACUCUCAAUUAAUAUAAUUUAUUUUGUAAUUAUCUACCAGUCUUCCUUGAGUAAACUCAGUUAUACUGUAUUUAUUUAUGUUUUAGCAUAAUCUUCAUUCAGAGUUUAAUGCACUUUAAAAAGUCUUCCACAACCAAAUCAUCUAAUUUUUUGUUUCCUCAACAUACUUCUGUUAAUGUUCUAAUUUUUAAUUAAUUGUUUGAUGAAUUCUUAUUAUUGAAUUGCUAGUUUUUUUUCUCUACAAAAUAUUUUAAAUAUGCCUCUUCAAGUGGUAACCAACUUUCUAGAAUCAUUAUAAAUUAUAAUGAUUCAAUUCCGAUGUCUCAUAUAAUGGCAAUCGUGAAUUCCACGAGAAAAUAAAAAUAUCAAAAUUUGACAAUCUAAUGUAAUUAAUUUGACUAAAAAGUAUAGUUGCAUUUAAGAAGUGUAGUUGUAUGCGUGAAAUAAUGAGACAGUUACUUAGAAGCACUGUUAAUCUAUAUCUAGCAAAGAAUGAUGUUCAUAGAAUGGCUUAAGGUUAUCAGUAUUAAAAGGAUUAUUAAGGGUGAUAUGGUGGCAGAAUAUAAUGUGAUAUAUUCUGCCAAAAAUACAUUUAUUACAGCUUGCAUAUAAUUUAUUUGUAAUUGACCAGAACAUGAUGUGAAAUGUAUCACAAGCAUAUAUGCAGUGAUCUGAGAAAUCCUAGCGAAUUUAGAGCUAUUUUUCAAAUAAUUUCAACCAAGGCCUAUUUUUUUUACAUUAUUUGGUACUUUAUUUUAUAUUGAGGGGAGGAAAAAAAUGGGUAAAUAUGAGGUGGUUAUGAUUAAACUAUAUUUUUACUGAAUCAUAUUUUUGUUAAAAAAUUAAACAAGCUUCAAAAAAUAAUUUAAUUUACGAAUUUAACAUUUGUCUUUAACACCAGUUAUCUGUUUAGGAUUAUUAAACUACUCCAACAACAAGUUUUAAGCGUACAAAUAGGUUGUAUGCUAUUCUUUAUUGUUCUAAUUUAUUGCAUUUGUAGUUAUCAAAUGUUUUCCAUUACUUACAUUCUAUCUCUGUUGUAAUCAAUUUUGUCAUUGUAAGAAUUCCUUUUCACUUGCCAAUAUGUUUUCGUCAUUAAAGAUACUUUCAUAACGUGUAUAGAGCGUGUGUUAAAAAUAAUUUGAACACCUAAUGGCUUUGGGAGAUCACCUAAAUUAACAGGCCUAAAUAUGAAAACUAUGUUUCGUGAUAUUUCUCUAACAUGGCUACGAAUGGAAAGCUUUGUGUUUAGUUAAGAAUAUCUAAUAAUUAAACUAGUAGUAUAGGAAUAAUGUAAAAAUAGAUUUCUCAGAUCACUGGAAUGUUGCUACUUUGGUUUGACAAGGUUGGAAAUAACAUUUUUGGCUUUAAUAAGAUUAUUGCUGCUCAUUUAGUUACAUCUUUGUCAAUUUAAUUUUUAUUCAUUUGUUUUUCAUGACAAAUAUUUUAUUAUAGUUUAAUUUUCAUGUUAAUGUUAGAUAUAUA